AUGCUGGGCAAGGACUACAUGCUGGCCAUCGUCCUCGUCAACUGCGACGACAAUCUCUGGAGUGACCAGAACCUGGAGACAGACCCUGACCUCCCCCCAGGCUGGAGGAAAAUCCAUGACUCUCUGGGCACGUAUUACUGGCAUGUGCCAACAGGCACAACGCAGUGGCAGCACCCUGCAUGCACCACAAGUCCAGGAGGGCAUGGGACAGCUGAUGGAGAUGAGACAUUCCAGAGAGUGGACUGCCAAACCUCUGAGGCAAAGUAUUUGGCAAAGGACAGGCCCAUUCCCAGCCCCAUGGCUUCGCUGUCCCGGAGGACCUCGCUGCCCUGGCAUGGAGAUGAUUUCCAGCACAGCAUGGAGCCUGGCUCCAAGUGCUUUGCUGUGCGCUCGCUGGGCUGGUUGGAGAUCCCUGAGGAGGACCUUGCACCUGGCAAGAGCAGCAUUGCUGUCAACAACUGCAUCCAGCAGCUUUCCAACAGCAAGGGCCAGGGCUCUGUUGAGAACCGAGGCGAGGGCCAGGACCUGGUGAUGAUCCUGAAGAAGGACACCAUGAGCCUGGUGGACCCCCUUGACCACAGCCUCAUCCACCACCAGCCCAUCCUUAACAUCCGUGUCUGGGGUGUUGGUUGCAACAACGGCAGGGACAGAGACUUCGCUUUUGUGGCCAGUGAUAAGGACACCUGCGUCCUCAAGUGUCAUGUCUUCCACUGCAACGUGCCCGCCAAGGGCAUCGCCAAGGCCCUGCAUGAGAUGUGUUCCAAGAUUGUGGCUGAGCGAGCUGUAGCGAGCAGUGGGCUGCGACGUGCUGCCAUGCUGGAGCCUGUCUCCACUGAUGAUCUGCCACUGCAAGUGGAUAUCCUGGAAGCGGUGAGGCAGUCGAUGCAGACAUAUGAGGCACUGUACAUUGGCAGCCUGCCUGUGCCCAGGGCUAUGGGGAUGGAUGUGCUGAACGAGGCCAUCGAGAGGCUGACAAGGGGCCCUGGACGGGAGCAGUGGACACCCUCCCUCAUCCACGUGUCUGACACAGCUAUGAGGGUGCACCCCGCGCAGGUUGGGAGGGGUAUGGGAGGCACCCUGCUUCCACAGGGUUGGGGACCUGGUGGGGGGGUGGCAGGGUUCCCUGGGGUGUGGCCAGGGGUGGAUGGGCCCACGGGGUCCUCUCAGGAGGAUGAGGAUGCAGCACACCUCUGGGAGUGCCAGGUGCGGUACGUGACCUUCCUGGGAGUGGGCCGGGACGCCCACACCUUCGCGCUCAUCGUGGACACGGGGCAGUGCUUCCAGUGUGCAGCCUUCUGGUGUGAGCCUGACGCUGGCACCAUCUCAGAGGCAGUGCAGGCGGCCUGCAUGGUGCAGUACCAGAAGUGCCUGGUGGCCGCUGCACCAGGGGCUAAGGCGAGGAAAGGCCGAGGCCGGGCCGGGUCAGCAGCCUCGGGGGACGCUGCCGGUGGUGCAGCCAAGGCGAGCGGAGGCAGCGCGGGGGCGGCGGGGCCCGGUGCCCUCAAGCGGGGCCUCUUCGCCUUCCUGGAGGCCUUCCGCCCCAGGCGAGCCCUCCUCCACACCCCGUAG